CGCGAGGAGAGAACAGUGGGGGACCCUGCGCGGCGCCCGGGAGGGACCUGUGCCGGCCUCGGCUUCCAGGCGGGCAAGGCCCGAGCGGCGGGCGGCGAUGAUCCCCGAGGAGAGGACGGACGACCCGGGCUCCGGCGAGGAGAGUGCGCGGCUGCAACCGGCCGGCAGCGUUCGCAAGGGCCGUGACCCCCUGGCACAGACACCGCGCGGCCGCCUGCAGAGCCGCAGGGCCCAGGUCCACCAGCAGAUCAAUAAGGAGUUGCGGAUGCGGACAGGCGCGGAGAACCUGUACAGAGCCACCAGCAACGCCUGGGUCAGGGAGACAGUGGCCCUAGAGCUGAGCUACGUCAACUCCAGCCUGCAGCUGCUGAAGGAGGAGCUGGAGGAGCUCAAUGGCAGCGCGGAGGUGGACCGGCCGGAGGGCGAAGGUGUCAGUGUCCCUAUGAUCCCCCUGGGGCUGAAGGAGACCAAGGAGCUGGACUGGUCCACACCCCUGAGGGAGCUGAUCUCUGGGCACUUUGGAGAGGACAGUGCCUCCUAUGAGGCCGAAAUCAGGGAGCUGGAGGACCUGCGGCAGGCCAUUCGGACCCCCAGCCGAGGCGAGGCAGGCCUAGAGCUGCUUAUGGCCUACUACAACCAGCUCUGCUUCCUGGACGCACGCUUCAUCGCCCCCACCAGGAACCUGGGGCUGCUGUUCCAGUGGUAUGACUCACUCACGGGAGUCCCGGCCCAGCAGCGGGCCCUGGCCUUUGAGAAGGGCAGCGUGCUUUUCAACAUCGGGGCCCUCUACACCCAGAUCGGGGCUCGCCAGGACCGCUCCUGCCCCGAGGGCACCAGGCGUGCCAUUGAAGCUUUUCAGAGGGCUGCUGGGGCCUUCAGCCUCCUGAGGGAGAACUUUUCCCGAGCACCCAGCCCCGACAUGAGCCCGGCCUCGCUGUCCAUGCUGGAACGACUCAUGACCGCCCAGGCCCAAGAAUGCAUCUUUGAGGGCCUCUUGCUGCCGUCCACCGAAGCCCCCCAGGGUUGCCUGGCCCAGCUGCGCCUGGCUCAGGAGGCUGCCCAGGUGGCAGCUGAGUACAGGCUGGUGCACCAGACCAUGGCCCAGCCACCUGUCCACGACUACGUGCCCUUCCCCUGGACCACCCUGGUGCGUGUCAAGGCUGAGUACUUCCGCGCCCUGGCCCACUACCACGCGGCUGCGGUGCUCUGCGACAGCCCCCCAGCGGCCGAGGUGGACUGCCCAGCACUCUCACAGGCCUUCCUUGGGCUCCCAGCCACACCUGGGCCCCCGGGCGCCGCACCCCAGGAGCAGGAGGGGCGCAGGAUGCUCGGCAAGGCCCACCUGAAGCGUGCCAUCCUGGGCCAAGAGGAGGCCCUGCGGCUGCACGCCGUGUGCCGUGCCCUGCGGAGCGUGGACCUACUGCAGGCCGUGCUGGCCCAGGCCCUGCGGCGCUCACUGGCCAGGUACUCGGAACUCGACCGAGAGGAUGACUUCUUGGAGGCCACGGAAGCUCCCGACAUCCCACCUAAAACACAGCAGAAGCCAGAGAUCAGGGCACCCAGCUUCUCCAGGGUGAAGGUGACUGAUAUCUUCCACCGGCUGGGGCCCCUGUCCGUGUUUUCAGCCAAGAACUGCUGGCGGCUGGUGGGGCCCGUCCACGUGACCCGGGGAGAGGCUGGCUUCGGCCUCACGUUGCGGGGAGAUGCGCCCGUCCUCAUCGCUGCUGUCAUCCCCGGGGGCCCGGCCGCGGCAGCUGGCCUGCGGGAGGGUGACUACAUCGUGUCCUUGAACGGGCGGCCGUGCAAGUGGUGGAAGCAUGCGGAGGUGGUGGCGCAGCUGAAGGGCGUGGGCGACGAGGGCGCGAGCCUGCAGGUGGUCACGCUGCUGCCCAGGGCGGAGCCACCCAGCGCGGGGGAGCACCGGCCGGCCCUGGGGGCGCUUCUGAGGGGCCAGAAGGAGUGUGGGCGGGGGCCACCAGCUCCUGGGCGAGCCAGCCCCAGGCCCCUCCUUGGCUGGAGUCGCAAGGCCAAGAGGGGCAAGACCAGAGGGAGGCUGUCCCCACACCCCUGAGCUGUGUGCCGCCCUCCCCCUCCUGCCCAGGGUGGUGGCGAGGGGCCAGCUCCCCCCACGGCCCUCUCCAUCCUGAAGGACUUUCGGGCCAGUUUGCUGCCCCACCUGGUGCCCAGAGCUGCCCAUUAAAGACCGAGUCAGAUGAGGUGUCUGAGCCUGGUGCUGGGCGCUGGACCCACACGUGGGAGGCAUCAUGGUUGCUCUGCACACAGAGUCCCAGGUGCCAGAAUGCGGCCCCUGGGCUGCCCGGUCCUCACACAUGCCCCACGUCCCCACCUGAGUAGGGCAGCGUCCCAGGCCAAGGGAGCCGUCCAGCUGCUUCUUGGAGUCGGGGCCGGGCAGGCUGUGGCCCACAUCCUCACUCGCCCUUCGCCUCUGCCCCUCACACAUCCUGUCCACACCCUACCUUCGGGCUGGGUCAGCCUCACGCCGAGCUUGCGUUCCUGACCCCUUCCGAGGACCCCACCACUGACCCAGCCCACCUGGCACCCCACAGGCCUGCCCUCGGGCCAGUGUCCCAGCCAGUCCCACCCCCGCAACACCUUUCCUCGAUCCCUCUACUUCCGUUCUUGCUGUCCCCUCCCGGUGCCCCACACUCCAGGCAUAGAUCCCAAACCGGCCCUGCGGCUGCCUCUCACGUGCUUCUCCAGGGGCCGGGCCUGGCCCUCCACCCCCACACCCGCCCGCCCCGCUCAGUUCUGCCAAGCUCCGAGGGGGGCUGGUUUGGACUUGGCCCUGAAGGGAGGGCCGGGGGCGGCAGGCGCGGAGCAGCCACUCGGCGCGGCCGCAGGGUGGGCGUGGGGGUCGGGGCGGCCG